AUGAGGUUCUCCCUGGGAUCUCUGCUUUUCAUACUGCUGGUCUGCAGCAUCUCUCCAGUCCAUGGUGUUCUGGAGGCCUAUAACACAAACUUAAAGUGUAAAUGCGUUCAAGAGACCUCAGUCUUUAUCCCCUUCCAACUCAUUGAAAGGGUUCAGGUCUUGCUUCCUGGGAAUGGAUGCCCAAACAAAGAAGUCAUCAUUUGGAAGAAGAAUAAGUCCGUUGUAUGCUUAAACCCUCAGGCUAAAUGGGUACUAAAAUUAAUAAAAAUGUUACGGAGAAAAAAUGCUGUUUAA